AUGCCCAUUGGAUUAUACUUUGAUAAUUUAUACCGUACGAUAGAGAUAUCAAAAAUGAGUGAGAGACCACAGCCUUUAAAGGCCAUUAACAAGUUCUUUGAUGGUAAAGAACCAUGGCAGAUAGUUACAAUGACAGCAUCUUCAGUGUUGGCGCUGGUUUGGGCCCAUAGUUUAUAUAAUGCUAGAGAGACUCCCACCACAAGGCUAAGGAAAGAGUUUUUCCGAUGGCUUCGUCAAGUGCCAAUUGUUCGUCGAAAAAUAGAAGAGAAGAUGACGGAAAUAAAAGCCGAUUUCCGAAAAGAUGUGGCAAAGCGGCUAGCUGGUGUCAACGUAAAUAGAGAGUUACCGGAGAAUGGUUUACCCUCGGAGCGAGUUGUAGAGGAGAUAAGGGAUCAUCUAAACUUAGGUUCCUAUGAUUGGAAGGGAGGCAACGUCUCCGGAGCCGUUUACCACACCAACGAAGAUAUCUGCCGAGUCGCAUGUGACGCUUAUGCGCUCACGGCCUAUACUAACCCGUUGCACGCCGAUGUGUUUCCUGGCGUUAAUAAGAUGGAGGCUGAGAUUGUCCGGAUGGCGAUUAAUUUAUUCCAUGGAGAUGACGAAUGUUGUGGGACGGUGACAACAGGCGGGACGGAGUCUAUAAUGAUGGCGUGCAAAGCGUUCCGCGACCGCGCCUACGAGAUGGGAAUCAGCAAUCCACAGAUGGUUCUGCCCAGCACAGUCCACACUGCCUUCGACAAGGCGGCGCAAUACCUCAACAUUUCUGUCGUGACGAUCCCAGUCGACCCUGAUACCUUGAUGGUCGACGUUAAUGCAGUGAAGAAGGCUAUCAGUCGACGGACUUGCUUGAUAGUAGGCUCAGCCCCCAAUUUCCCCUAUGGCACAAUGGAUGACAUCCGCGCGUUAUCUGAUAUAGCCCUCGAAAACGACGUUCCUUUACACGUAGAUGCUUGUCUGGGAGGUUUCGUGGCCUGUUUUAUGCCGGAGGCUGGCUACCCAGUGCCAGUGUUUGACUUUAGGCUGCCUGGUGUUGCCAGUAUGUCUGCGGAUACACAUAAGUACGGUUUCGCACCUAAAGGCACGUCUGUGGUGCUUUACCGCCGGCCAGAGUACAGACACGGUCAGUACACCGUAACAACAGAUUGGCCUGGCGGUGUCUAUGGUUCUCCUACUGUCAAUGGUAGUCGAGCUGGCGGACUAAUAGCGGCAUGCUGGGCUAGUAUGAUGUAUAUUGGCCGUGCGCGAUACGUCUCUAUGACUAAGGAAAUAUUGGCAACAACAACAUAUAUCUACAACGAAUUGCGAAAAAUAAAUGGCAUCUUCAUAUUCGGGAAACCAGCGACCACAGUGAUAGCGUUCGGUUCGAAGCAGUUCGACAUUUUCAAAAUGGCCGACCUCUUGCACAAGAAGGGGUGGAGUUUGAACGCUUUGCAAUUUCCUUCUGGGAUUCAUAUUUGCGUGACUCAUGCGCAUACAGCGACGGGUGUGGCAGAAAGGUUCGUACAAGACGUGCGCGAAGUUGCCGCUGAAUGCUUGCGCGCUGGAGACGCACCUGUCGAGGGGAAGAUGGCAAUAUACGGCGUGGCCCAGAAUAUUUCAGAUCGCAGCUUAGUGUCAGAUAUCACAAAACACUUCAUUGAUUCGAUGUACUACCUACCUACACCGCAGGAUUACGACAAAAACUAA